CUCAAAUCCAACCCAAGCCCACCUACUAGUUCAAUUAUGACAUCAUUUAAUAGAAUUGCAGUCUACGGACAUCGCGGUUGGGCGAGCUCAGCUAUCGUGGACGCACUCAUCGCGUCCGGCGCACCAGUGAAAGUACUCUACCGCCCUGACUCGGAUGUUAGCCGUCUUCCAAAUGACGUGCCCAAGGUCGCGGUCGAUAUAGAUAACGAGAAAGCCCUCACUGACGCACUGAAAGAUGUCGACAUCCUAAUCUCCUUGGUAGGCCACGAAGGUGUCGUAAAGCAAUACAACUUUAUACGAGUCAUUCCGAACACAAAUGUCAAACUCUUUGUGCCAUCUGACCUUGGCUCUCGCGUUGAUGAGGAGAGAGCGACCAUUCCUGUACUAAAGGCCAAAGCCGAAGUGGAAAAGGUUUCCAAAAACGCGGGCAUACCUACCACUGUGGUUCUGCCGGGUAACUUUGCUGAAUCGACAUUUGCCUCCCUCCUUGUUGGGAUUGAUGUUGGCGGCAAUCGAAUUGUCUAUACCGGCGACAGCGAGCACCAGAAAUUAAACGUCUGCUCGAGGCAGUAUGUAGCCGCAGCUUACGCCGCAAUCUUUGCCAAAACCCCAAUCUCUCAGCUUCAGAAUCGGAGCAUUGGACUUUCGGAGUUCAUCGUUACUGGGUCUGAAGUCACUGCAGCACUGGAACGUAAACAUGGGACGCCUCCUCAGAUCUUCCGGCCGAGCGUCGAGCAGGUCAGUAAGGAAAUUGAGGCUCGUCUGCAAAAGGGGGAUAUUUCUGCGAUACCCCUUGGAUACCGCCUGGCCUGGGCGACCGGCAAACACUUGGAGCUUGUGGGCAACGAUAUUUGGGACGUCCAAGGCUACCCAAAGACGACACUCGAGAAGGUGGUCGUGGAGGGUGAUGUGGAGCCUUAUAAGGCCUUCCCAUCUCAAUUCGCCGCAUUGAUAGAGACAACAUUCUUCUAGUUCCAGAGCGUCCAGGAAUGGAAACUAGACAGAGGAGCUUGAACUCAAUGUUAGAUACUUUAGAAAAUAAGAUAUAGAGAGGAGAACAAAGUAAAAGACUCGGAGAUAUCGCGGUCCUUACUUAUUAGGGCGCUCGCGAUAUCGUGUGAUCAGCCCUUCACUAAACGGCGGAACCAAGUUGAUGGUGGCUUUAUCCUAACGAGAGCGGCGUCGAGAAAAAAUGCCCUUCUUUGGCAGUGGC